AUGUCAUCUUCUCACUCCUCGGAUAGCAAAAGCAAACUUUCCAUACUAGAGCGGUUUCAAGAAAAGAACAAUGAUUUAGAAUUUGAUCAUGAUUUCAAUUUAGGUUCCACCGCGUCCGCAAACCUUUCGUUCUCCAAGUUCAGCCAUGUUUCGGGAAUUUCUGUUUCCAAUCCUCGUUCCGUCGACUUGGUUGAUAUGGAUCUGCAGAAGAGCGAAUCUCCGUUCCUCAAGAAGAUGCAAAUGUCUCUUGACAUGGAGGUGGAUCACUUCCCUAAGCUGCUGCAGUCAGCGAAAUCGGGGUUUCCUCAGAGACCGAUAUCUGCUCACGAAUCUCCAUUUUUCAGCAGCUCUUUGCAAACAAAAGAGAGACACAAAGAAGCUUCCUCACAAGAUGAACGACAUUCGGCACAAAAAAGACAAGAGAGAACCAACGAAAAAGCACCGCAUGCUGCAUCCGCAGUAAAGGUCUCCUUUACUCCAGCCCAAAGAGUAGAAAAACACACCGGUAUGAAACCAAAAAAUGCUCUUGAUAACUUCAAGUUCUUUGAGAAAAUUGGCAGAGGUGCUUAUGCUGACGUGUACCGGGGCAUUAACCUCAAGACAAACCAAGUGGUGGCAGUCAAGCAGAUCACUUUGGACCGUGACCAUGAUCUUGGAGCGUUGAUGGGCGAGAUUGAUCUUUUGAAGAUCUUAAAGCAUCCCAAUAUCGUCAAGUAUCAUGGUUUUGUCAAGACGCCCACGUCUCUAAAUGUCUUUCUCGAGUACUGUGCGGGGGGAUCCUUGAGGCAGCUUUAUAAAAGAAUGGGUCAUGGUCUUCCAGAAGCUGAGAUUGUUUCCUACGUCAACCCAAUAUUGAAAGGUCUUAGCUAUUUGCACGAGCAAGGUGUUGUGCAUCGUGACGUCAAGGCGGCGAACGUACUCCUCACUGAGUCUGGAAAAGUCAAGCUUGCUGAUUUUGGUGUUGCAACAAAGGUAACGACUCUGCAUUCCACGGUGGUGGGAACCCCUAACUGGAUGGCUCCUGAAACUGUUCUAGGCGGCGAUGGAAUCUGUACAGCUUCAGAUAUCUGGUCGUUAGGAGCAACUAUCAUUGAGCUCUUCACUAUGAAUCCUCCUUACCACGACUUGAAUCCUAUGGCCACGUUACAUGCAAUUGGUGUUGACGAGCACCCGCCACUCCCAGCUGGUCUAUCUCCUAUAGCACGAGAUUUCUUGCUCGAAUGUUUCCAGAAACAACCGAACCUCAGAAUCAGCGCACAUAUGCUCUUGAAGCAUAGGUGGAUACAACAAAAAUCUUCGGACAAAUCCUCAGCCGACACACUGCAAAACAUCUCGUCAGUGCAUAGUAAAGUGAUGAAAGCGAUAGCAGAUCAUAACGAAGACGAGAAUUGGGAAAAAGAAUUUGUCGACCUCAAAUCUAAUAGGCAGAUAUUGCCGAGAGUUAUCCUGCCAACAGAGCUUCGUCUUAGCAAUGAUGAAAUACCAGAAACAAAAGAGAUACCGAAGAAAAACUUUUCGAGAAUGGAACUAUUAUCCAAAUUUUCAGAAGGUUCUGACAAUCUGGCAAAUGAAUUUGAGGUAGGAAAACAAUCUCUAAACUUGAAACUAGCCCCUAAUCAUAUACAAAUUAGCCCAGAAACUGACGAACACGAUCCAUUUCUUGAGCUUGACAUCGAGAACUUCGAUACAAACGAGUUGGAAAUUCAGGGCAAGAUGGAGUUCCUCAUCACAAAACUUGCCAAUAGGGUUACGAGUUCCCACUUGGAAAAUGAAGAGGUGACGAAAUCCUUGGUGAAAAUUACUGGCCGGAUGCAUCAACUUAGCAAAAAAUAUCCAAGUCUGCAUGACGUUUUCAUUCGAGAUCACGGUGUUUUAACGAUGAUGGAAUUACUUGAUAAUAGUUCGGACCUAAUAGAACAACAUAGACUAUGGUUUCAUGUCUUGGCAACACUUAAUGUGAUUUUCGAUAACAAUAUUGCUCAAAUCGAAAACUUCUCCCUUUUGGGUGGAAUACCUAUGAUAACACAGUUCUCUAAGCUCUCAUUUGGUCUCCCUGUUCGGUUACAAGUCGUUAAGUUUGUCAAAAUUUUGCGAAAGUCAGAGAAAGCGCUCCUAAUGUUUGUUUCUUCGGGCGGUUUGAAGAUACUAUCAAGAUUUUUGGAGGAAGACUUUGAUUUUUCUCCUGAUUUCCCAUUAGUGGCAAUCCACUGCAUUCAUGAAAUUCUUUCAAAAGAUUUGACAAGAUUUAAGUCGGACAUGUGCAGAAUUCUUUCAAAGUACGGUAUCGUCUUUUGGUUUGUCGUUUUGCUCAACAGGUUGACAAAGUACAAACAGAAUGAUAAAUCCCCAAUUUCAAGUUCGUUUAUCGAAGAAACUAUCGACAAGAUUCUUGAAGUUGUGAAGUUCUUUGGUCAAGCAGAGCCUAGAGUUAGGAUUAACAUCUCCAACCCAGAUUUGUUCAAGCUCCUAAUAAUGGUUUAUCCAUCCCUUUCAUUCCCUAGACAACUUGCCCUUCUAAAAUUUUUUAGAUCUAUGUCGUGUGUGUCUGAGUUACUAAAGCCGUUGUAUUCAGCAGAUAUUCUCGAGUUCUAUGUCACGAUUUUACGAGAGUACACCCCAACUACUCCGCACUAUAAAGAAGUUGUCAAUAUUGCAUGUCCAUCACUUUACAACUGCUGUUACUUGAAUCAUAAUAAAGAAUGGGAGAUUGUGAAACUUGGAGCCGUUCCCUUAUUGAGAGACCUCUCUAAGCUCAAUCUUCCAUUCAGGCAAUUCGUUCUUCCGAUACUUUGUGAAUUUGCAUACUGCGAUGCCAGCGUACGGAAGGUUCUCCUCAAACACGAUGUUGUCACCACAUAUCUCAAUCUUUUACUCGAUCCGUACUGGCACUCCAAUGCCAUGGAUUCAAUCUUGCACUGGGCAUCAGAGGAUCCCACUUUUAACUGGCUUGAUUCUACUAGAGCACAAAAUUGCUUGGUGAGUGGGUUCAUGAUGACACAAGUCUCAAACUUGGAAGCGGUGUUGGACAAUUAUUUGUCUUUAGUAUCCACGAAUACCGUCGCCACAAGACUAAUGGCUCGAGAUUCAACGAUCACUAGUAUGCUUCAAAAAUUGAAGGUGCAUCGAAACCCUGCAGUGACUUUGUCCCUACUUCGUAUUCUCAAUUACGUUUUGAGUUAUGCUAGAAAGACAAAUAUUUUCCCAACCCUUACGAUUGCAGGAGAAACGAAACUUGCCAUGUCUUCUAUUAUUUCGCAAGCUUCUUCGGUUUUGGUGCGAGAAAUGGCCCAUAAUAUUCUUGCGAAUUUCGAGUAG